GCGCCAUACGCCGUGAAGCGGCGGGGAUUGCUGCAACCCAUCGUUUGCAGCAGAGCAUGUGCGACCAUGCUGCAGGUGUCGAGUUCCUGGGGAAUGGAUCCCUUGAAGCCGGCGCGCUGGCAGAAGGCCUCGUCCACGCGGAGGGGGUUGUAACCGCCGCAGAGCCGGUACAAGAGCGCCGCCUCCUGGGUCGUCUUGGUGGUGUGGGGUAACGGACCUCUGGCCUCGUAAUUUGUUUUUAGAGCUUCUGCCAUUGACGACUUUCACUUUGGUGGCUGGUCUGAAUUGUUGCUGGUUAUUGCCAACAGUCCGGGGCUCAAAGGUUGCGUAUACUGCUAUGGUUGAAGUGAAGUCAGCUUUAGUAAUUACUCUGUGUUUAUGAGGUACUUUCUACAGAGUUAAACGAUUGAGAGGUGACACAGGUCAGAGGUACUGCGUAUCGACAUUACAUAUGUACCGGGUGAACUGCACUAGAUCGCUCACAGAGGUUUAAAUAGAUAUUGUACAUAAAUUACUCUUGG